UAAAAAUAAGAAGCGAGAGAACUAUUUAGAUUGGCCUGAUUAUUUCAUGUCAAUUGCCUUUCUUUCUGCACAAAGAAGCAAAGAUCCAAGAACCCAGGUAGGGGCUUGUAUUGUUAAUGAAGAAAAUAAAAUUGUUGGAAUUGGAUAUAAUGGAAUGCCAAUUGGUUGUCAUGACGAUUUAAUGCCAUGGGGACGAGAACAUUCAGACGUUUUACAAACAAAACAGCUUUAUGUUUGCCAUGCAGAAUUAAAUGCUGUUUUGAACAAGAACUCGUCAGAUGUAAAGAACUGUACAAUAUAUGUUGCUUUGUUCCCAUGUAACGAGUGUGCUAAAGUUGUUAUACAGUCUGGUAUCAAACAAGUCGUUUACUAUUCAGAUAAAUAUCACGAUAAACCAGAAUUUAUUGCUUCAAGGAAAAUGAUGGACAUGGCUGGAGUUAAAUACAGACAACAUAUCCCCAAGAGAACGCAGAUUCUAAUUGAUUUCAGUGUAAUUGAAAAUAUGACACAAGAAGUUAAAGAUGUAUUAAACAAGGAAUCCGAGUAAGAUACAUUACUCAGCACAUGGUGAUAACAUUGAAAUAACACAUGUUACAAGAUUAAUAAAAAGUCACUUUAAUAACUUAAUGAUAGAACAAUGUACAGUGGAUUCAUAAAUAUUAGUUGGAUACCAAUUUUCAUUGGUAGGAAGAAACCAUGAAUUUAGAUACUCUACACUAUACAAAUUUUUAACAACUUUGAUGAGAGCAAAUAAUCAAACACUAAAUUAGAUGCUUUCAAAAAGGAAAUUUUCUCCAACCAAUUAAAAUUGAUUCCAAAGAAAAUAAAUGAAACCUAAGUACUUGAUACCAGAGAUUACAGAUAAGUAGUAAAUUAUUGGAAUAAAUGACUGUCAUAAUUAUUCUGAUCAGUAAGAUAUCUUUUAUGUAUAAAAACAAGAGUCUUUGAUUGAAUUAUAUAGCAUAAUAAAUAUAGAAUGUAAACAA